CAUUAAGGAAGGUAAAUAUAACCAUGACAAAGUUAAUGGCUGGGGCAGUGAAGUAAAGGGCACUCACGUUUUGUGAAACUAUAGGGAACAAUGGCAGCUGCCCCUGAAAAACAAGUUCCUAGUAAGUUAAUGGUAGCGGCCAUUGAUUUCGGUACAACAUACACAGGAUUUGGGUUCUCUAUGCGUGAUACCUAUCUGUCAGAGCCUUUGAGAAUAUGGACUAAACACUGGAGUUCCUCUGGUGGAGGUCCAGCUUUAGUUUCAGAGAAGACACCAACCGUUCUCCUGCUAGAUCAAGAUAAAAACUUUCACAGUUUUGGUUAUGAUGCCGAGGAUAAAUACAGUGAACUUGCUCAAGAAGAUAAACAUACUGGAUGGUACUACUUUAAACAUUUCAAGAUGACACUCUAUCAUGAGAAAAUUAAUCGCACCAUAUCAUUACGAACCGACCAGGGAAUUAAACUCCCAGCACUGGAAGUUUUCAAGCACUCGAUAUCGUACAUCAAAGGAUUAGUACUGGAUGAACUUCGGAAUAAAGGAGUGUUGGAAACAGCGGUCAUGGAAAAGGAAAUUUGUUGGGUAUUGACUGUACCAGCAAUAUGGGAUUUUACUGCCAAACAAUUUAUGAGAGAGGCAGCUAAACGUGCAGGAAUACCAACCGAACAGUUAAUUUUAGCUUUAGAACCAGAGGCUGCUUCAGUGUUCAUUAAACAUAUGAAUGUAAAUGUUCAACGAGACCAAGAUGAAGGUCCUACCCUGUCACCAUAUGACUCAGGGACAAGAUACAUGGUGCUUGACUUAGGAGGAGGAACGGUAGACGUUACCGUCAGAGAAGUAAUGCCAGACAGAACAUUGAAAGAAGUUACAAAGGCUAGUGGUGGGGCAUGGGGAGGCUUAUAUGUAAACGACGAGAUAUACAAAUUCCUCGAGAAAAUCUUUACCCCGAAAAUCCUUGGAGAAUUUAAAGCCGAAUCUACCUCUGAUUAUCUUGACCUUGAAAGAGGUAUCGAAAUGGUCAAACGUAAACUUGGUACCGAUGGACAGGGUCGUUUUACUCUUAAUAUACCAAUGGACCUCCGAGAUCGCUACACGAAAGCAAUGAAGAAGACAGCUUCAGAAGCUAACAUCAGUUUAUUUGCAACAACCAAUACAGAAAUGAAGAAAGAUAAGCUUAAGUUUCCGAAAGAAGUGAUGGCAAAUUUCUUCUCUCCGUGCAUUCAAAGUAUAAUUGAACAUUGUCGAACAGUUCUAGAUCUUGCUGGUGCUAAUAAGGUGCAAGAUGUCAUCAUGGUUGGCGGGUUUGCCGAAUCAACAAUAAUGCAAUUACUUGUAAAAAAGGCUUUUCCAACCAAAAACAUCGUUAUUCCACCUGAAGCCGGAUUAGUUGUUUUAAAAGGAGCUGUUCUUUACGGACACCAUCCGAGGAUCGUUUCUUGUCGAGUUGCUAGUAAGACAAUUGGGUUACGAAACCUGAGAUACUUCAUGAAAGAGAUGGACCCUGAAGACAAGAAAAUGGUGGAAGGUGGAGUUCCCUACUGCAAAGAUAUUUUCCACACACUUUGUGAAGCUGGGUCAGAGUUCAUGCUUGGCGAGACAGUUGCCCACGAUGUCUUUCCACUUCGUCCAAACAUGAAAGAAAUGACUCUAAAUCUUUACCAAACAAAUGAGAAAGAUCCGAGAUAUACUACUGAUGAAGGUUGUAAAGAAAUAGGAAAGGUUAGAGUAGAAAUGCCAGAUACUUCUAAAGGAAUGAAUCGACAAGUCAUUGUCUCGUUAACUUUUGGUGAUACAGAAUUAAUCGUGGAAGGAAAGGAUAAUGAAACUGGGAGGUCAGCUGAUGUUCAUCUUGAUUUACUUCAACAUUGAAACAAACACCUUGAUAUAUAUAAAUAUUUUAACCCAUAUAUCGUUUCUUAUUUGGAUCUCGCUAAUUAUUAACAAUUGAUAAUAAAACUAUAGAGUUCCUUUUUUUUAUUAACAACAUAAAGGUUGUACAACAAUGUGAUAACAGAUUUUCAAUUUUUUAAUUACAAUAUGGACACUUUAAUAUAUGUGCACAAUUGUUAAUGAAAUCUGUAGAAAUCUAUGUUUAUUUAUCGAUUUUUAAUAUCAAUAUAUUUAUUUCGCAUGACAUAUCAACAUUAGUAUUAUUAUUUCUUAUUUACACAAACUAUGUGAUAAAGCUGUUAUUUGAUAAUGUUUAUCAAAAUUACAGAUAUUUCCUUUUUUCUCUAUUCUUUUGCAGUGACUGAUUUUGUUUCUGUUAUUGGCAUUUAUGUACACAAUUAAAUUUGAUUUAUCUUCG